GAUUACCAUGUAGGGGAUAUCGUCAGACUUGGUAUACCAGCCCCUGACGGGCAGAAAAGAUUACUACUGUGCAAGAUGAUGGAAGUUUUAGAUAGUGGAUGGUAUAGGCUGGGCUGUAGUCUGGGUAUACAAGAUACUCAUUAUCAGGCAGCUGGUUUAGAAGUGGUUGAAGCAGCGUAUGGUGGACUGGAUGGCAUUCCAGAAACAACUAUCUCGUUAACAGUGCUAGUAGGAGACAGAGCAUAG